ACUGUUUUGUCUUUAUGAUGGCUGCAUCACAUCCAUUUCUUUUUGAGGAGGAACUUUGCUGUGCCAUCUGUUUGGAGUUGUUCACAGAUCCUGUUACAAUUCCCUGUGGGCAUAAUUUCUGCAUGAAAUGCAUAAAGAGCUACUGGGAUAAAGAAGUAAGCAUGAAGUCACACAGUUGCCCUAAGUGUCGAGCAAGCUUCCUUCACAAGCUUCACCUUUGCAAAAACAUUGCCCUGUCUGAAGUGGUGGAGAAGAUUUCCAAACCUGAGAAUAUAGUCCCACAGGAGACUUGCAUUGAUCCAGAUGAUGCUGUAUGUGAUUUUUGUAUUGACAAAAAGGUUAAGGCUACUAAGUCCUGUUUAGUGUGCAAGGCAUCAUUCUGUGAUACUCAUAUCAGGCCUCAUCAUGUAAAUGCAGCACUGAGCCAUCACAAGCUAGUCGAUGCAGUCAAAAGCAUGGAGAACCAACAAUGCAAACGGCACAACAGGCCGCUGGAACUGUUCUGCAGGACGGAUGACACUUUUAUCUGUUGUAUAUGUAUAGUCCAAGAACAUGGAGAGCACAUAUUUGUGACUGUAGAGGAGGAGCGGGUGAAGCAGCAGAAAAAACUGGCAGGUAAAGAGACGACAUUGGGAAAACAUGUAGAAAUGAAUGAAAUUGAGAUCGGAGACCUAAGAAAACAAAUGGAUUCAAUUAAAAACUCUGCAAUCGUAGUGCAAAAAGACAUUGCUGCCAAGUUCAAGGAAUUGGUCCGAGACAUUGAAAAAUCAAAUACCAAAGUGGCUGAAUUUAUAGAGAAAGAGAAACAGACAGCAUUAACUAAGUCUGAAGAAGCCAUCACCAAAAAGGAACAGAAGUGUAUUGAAUUAAGGAAGAAGAAGCUUCAGAUGGGAGAGCUUUCAGGUAUUAAUGAUGAUAUCAAAUUCCUACAGGAGUUUAAAGCUUUAAACAAUGAGUGUGAAAAGACCUCAUCCCAGAUCAUCAGUGACAUGGAUGUUAGUUCGACUGGCUUAAGGCAGAUUGUAGUUAAUCUCAAGGAACAACUGGAGAGUAAAUGCAAUCAAAUUUUAGAAAACCUAGGCACUGAAGUAGCAGGAUUGAGGCAGUGCUGGCCAAAGUCAGAAGAACCACAGAACCGGAUGGAGCUUCUAAUGUACUCCCGUCAACUGACAUUCGACUCAAAGACAGCACAUAAGUGCCUUUCUCUGACUAAGGAGAACCGCAAAGCGACAAAUAUCUGGCCAGAGGAGGUUUAUGAUGUUGAUCACUCAGAGCGGUUUGACUGUUGCUGGCAAGUGCUGUGUGCAGAAAAAUUGGAUAAAGGUGCCCAUUAUUGGGAAGUUGAAAUCAGUGAAGGUAGCUGUCUGGGUGUGACAUAUAAAAGCAUAAAGAGAAAAGGACCAGACAACUCAUGCUUCAUUGGGAAGAAUGAUCAUUCUUGGGGUAUACAGAUUUACAGCAGUCAUUGCUCAGCAUGGCACAAUAGUACAGAAAUUCGAACAAAAUCAGAGAAAUAUGAACAAAUUGGUGUGUACCUAAACUAUUCUAAUGGAAGUCUCUCAUUUUAUGGUGUCACUGACACACUUACAUUAAUACACAGGUUCCAGGCUGUAUUCACUGAGCCAUUGUACCCAGCUUUCAGACUUAUAAAUAGCCAGUCGUUUUGUUAUAUUUCUGAAUGAACUGGGCAUCGUAUUAUCUUAGUAAUACUUAUCAUCAUAAAAAGGAUAGCGGGACACUUUUGAUAUCAAAAUAAGAUGUGCUCAUUAAAAUAGGAAAAAGUCAAUUUUUGCCAAGUUGCGGAAUUUUCCAGUGACUAAGUUGGUGAAGCAGCUGUGAAUACUGCUUCUAAGAUUUCAGUGCAUGUUUUUGCAAAUAACUUGUGAUGUAUCAGGAUUUUUUAAAAAAAUAAAACUUUGCUAAAUUUGAUUGAGAAAAUGUUAUGAAAGAGAGCUGGUGUCCUUUAACAUGGAGACUGCCAGAGGCUCUCUGUUUUGUAGCAGAUGUUAUACCACUGUAGUGUGAAUUUUUAAGUGGAGCUGUUUUCUGUCUUUGAAUUUUUUCUCAGAAAAAAUCAUGGUAAUUACAAAGAUGAAACUACAUCAUCAUAGCACUGGUUUUAGUAACUAGACACAGCCUGGUAGCGUGAGCUUUUGCUAACCAUUUUACUAAUAAUAACAUCCAUUUCAAAAUGCUUUUAGAUUUAAAAUCAGUGGCCAAUAGUAAACUGUGUCUCUGUCAUUGUUAGCUGCAGUAAGAAAUAUAAGGGGUGGAUUAUUCUCUCUGCUUGUCAUGCAGGCACAUUGCUGUCUAUGGGAGGAAGCCUGAAUUGUUUAUUUCCCUGAACCAUUCACAUUGUCCAUCCAUGGAAUGAAUCUUCAGACUAAAGACCAUGGAGCAAAUCCAAGUGCAGGCACAGGUCUCUUAAGCCUUCUGAAGCUAGCAGCAUUGGAUCUGGCCCCUAAGAUCAGGGUUUUCUGCCUGCUUAUGAAUCAUUCCUUCCUGGUAGGUGGAUGCUAAAUUACGAAAGCUGAUUAUCUAUGGGCUAAACCCCUGUAGCCCCUCUGGUCAGUGACAAUUUGAAGAAGGUCAUAGAAUCAGAAAUUAUGUGUUCAAGUGCCCAACAAACAGGAUCCACAAUGGACUAGUGAUGGUUUGUUUAUCUUGGCUCUCUCUGACACUGUUGGAAUAAUUAGUGAGGACAGAAAAGCAUUAGUGUCUCUGCCUUUUUGGUAUAGAUGUGAUGAUGUGCCUGUUCUUUACUGUGUACAGGAAAAAUAUUCUCAUACCCUUUGGCAGAUCAAAAUCCCUUGAUUUAUAUUUGAUGAAUACAUGAGAUUAACAGACCCUGAGGGCUGACAAAUACAAACUUCACCUUCGUCCUGUCACAAACCAAAAAUAAUGUUGUGUCUUUUUGUCGGUGGACUGAACAUCACAUUUAAUGUGUAUGCCAUAGACUUGCCGUGGGUCCUGCUCUUUCAUUUCAACAUCAACUGUGCCUUUUUCAUGCUGCAGAGGCUAACCACCUCAUAUUUUUCAGCCGAUUUGCCCUUACUGUCAUGUAUGUAAUUUGCUUUUUUGUUCAUCUCAUAGGUUCUUGCAGUUACAAUUUUCUAAGCUGCCUAUUCUCUUUAGCUGGCUUUGCUUUGGGGCCCUCUCUGUUUUAUUCACAAUGCUGCCUCUGUGCCUUUCUUUCUGUUCUCACUUGCUUUGUUACUUUUCCUGUCAGUUCAGCUCCUCAACAUUUGGCUACGAGAGCUGGACUGCCAGGUAAUGUGCAGAGUACAAAUCAUGAGUCACAGUAGUUACAGUCUGCAGGGUUUUGCAGGGAGUGAAAAUUAUACAGAAAUUCUUCCGCAUUAAGUGUUGCAUUAACUGAACUCAGUGCUUGCCUUCAAGCUGCUAUGCUAGUAUUCCAGGAUUUGAAGAUUUUUCUUAAAAAAAGGAAAAUAAACAUUUUACUUCAGGUUCUAUUG